ACGAAGAUCUCGCGGUCCCUACCCGCCCACCAGCUUCCGCGCCGUUCCCUCACGGUUACCCCUGCGGGUCCUCGCGGGGCGCGAUCGGCAGCCCUGCAGCCCGGGGGCUGAAGUGGCCCCAUGGCAAAGCCCACGUCCCCGCGGUCCGGGCAACCACCGCUCAUGGAGAACUACCGUAAGGUGCGCUCCGAAGAGGCGCCGGGGGGAGUCGGGACUGAGUGGGGCGGCCUGAGCCCUGACCCCUUCGCCGACCUGGCGCCGGGCGCGGUGCACGUGCGGGUCAAGGAGGGCAGCAAGAUCCGGAAUCUACUAGCCUUCGCCAUCUCCAGCAUGGCGCAGCCAGCCACGCGCGCCAUCGUCUUCAGCGGCUGUGGUAGGGCCACCACCAAGACUGUCACGUGUGCCGAGAUCCUCAAGCGCCGCCUGGCUGGCCUGCACCAGGUCACGGGGCUGCGCUACCGGAGAGUGCGCGAGGUGUGGCAGAGCCCCCCGCCAGGGCCCACUCCUGGGCCUAGCGAGCCGGGCACCAGUCUCAGUGUUCUUAAGAACAUGCCCAGCCUCGCCAUCCUACUUUCCAAGGAUGCACUGGAUCCGCACCAACCCGGCUACCAACCCCCGAGCCCCCAUUCUGGCCCCUCGUCCCAGCAAGCCCUGGCGACUUCCAAGAGGAGCCUAGGGGAACCCGCUGCUGGAGAAGGCUCCGUGAAGCGGUCACAACCUGAGCCAGGUGCUGCGGAAGAGGACUGGACGGCCUGAGAACUCUGGGCUCUGGGCCACCUCGAUGAGCUGGAUUUUAUACCCAGCGCCUCAACCUUGAAAUGCACCUUCAGCCGUUCACGCUUCAGUCUUCUGGAGCUCACAGCCUGGUCUCAGCUCCUCAGACUGCCAUAUGAACUCCACAGCCACAAGAGAAGGAACCUAGGGCAGCUUCGUGGGGCAGUUCUCCUUCACUUAUGUUGCCUGAAGAUGCAGAAUUCCACCUUCAGCUUUGCUGAGCCAUACUGAGACCUUCUUCAGGGAGGGAAUGGUGGGCAGUGAGACUCUUGAGCCUUGCCCGGGACCCACAAGUAUUAA